ACAACUUCUCGAAAUGGCGGAAUGAAGAACUAAACGUAAGCCUUAAACGUUUUAUAGCGCUUCUUAAGGAGCUGAAGUGGUUCACAGAACGAUUGUGAUUAAUCGUAGGGUGGAACGUAGUUGUAGGAAAUGUACAUGAUUUUCUGUAUUGGGACUUAUUAAAGUGAAUUGGAAUGAACUAGAAUUAAAAAUUUCUUUUCUCUUUUUUCUUUCGUAAUACGUCAUUCCGCAUGACCACGCAACUCUGGCUAUAUAAACGCUCUCCAACAGCGUAUCGGUGAGAGCAAACGGGAAGCAAUUUAUAAAGAAGAAAUAAAGAAAAAAGCAAUUUUGGAGAGUAAUUAGAUUAAUUUCAAUAAUAAAACAUGCCAGCAGCAAAUAGUGUGGGUAGUAUAACCAGCAGUGCAUUACCAAAAUGGCAACUCGCUUUAGCGGUAGGAGCCCCGGUAGCUUUAGGACUUGGCUACAUGUAUUAUAAAAGUAGUACAAAGCCAUCCUCUAAACCAGAACGUGGUAAAUCAAAAUAUAGCUCUCGAGAAAAUGGUACUAAGACUGACAAGCAAAUUUCGAUAGAUGAAGAUUGCAAUUUAAAAUCCGAAAAUGCAUCACAAAUCGAGACUCCUUUACAAAAGGCCCAAAAAUUCAAGGAUGAAGGCAAUGUUUACUUUAAAAUGGGAAAAUACGAUGAAGCAAUAGCCUUAUACAAUAAUGCUAUCGAUACCUGUCCAAAAGAUAAUAAGGAAGAACUUGCUAUAUAUUAUCAAAAUAGAGCUGCAGCUUAUGAACAUUUGAGAAAAUAUAGCGCGGUAAAAGCGGAUUGUACAAAAGCAUUAGAAUUAAAUCCAAGAUACGCAAAAGCAUUUUUACGUAGAGGAAGAGCUCUAGAACAUAGCAAUGAUUUGGAACAUGCCUUAGAAGAUGUUACUACAGCUUGUGUUUUAGAAGGAUUUGUCAAUCAAUCUGCUUUAACAACAGCGGAUAGAGUUCUAAAACAACUUGGUAAACAACAUGCUCAAGAACAUUGGGCAAAUAAAAAGUUUGUCCUGCCAAGCAAACACUUUAUCAAAACAUACAUCAAUUCGUUUCAUAAUGAUCCAAUUUUUCCUACAUCCAUAAAGUUACACUAUGAUAAUCCCUCCAUAGGCUUUACAAAAAUCAUGAAAGCAUUAGAUGAUCAAGAUUAUGAUAACAUAAUAUCACUUUGUACAAAUGAAAUUGAUAGCGAACAAUUAGACGUCCUACCAUGGAAAAUGGAAAUGUUACUUCUCAGAGCAACAUUUUAUUUACUUUUAGGGAAACAUGAUGCGGCAUUAGAAGAUUUUGAAAAAAUUGUAAAUUCGACUGAUGCAUCUAAAGAAAUAAAAGUUAAUGCUUUAAUCAAAAGAGCAAGCUUAUAUAUGCAACUUGAAAAUCCAGAAAAAAGUUUCAUUGAUUUUGAUUUAGCUGUUAAUAUUGAUCCAAAUUGUAGUGAUAUUUAUCAUCAUAGAGGACAGGUAAACUUACUUAUGGAAAAAAUAGAUGAAGCAAAAGAAGAUUUUCAAAAAGCUGUGGAUUUAAAUCCUGAUUUUGGACUAGCAUAUGUACAAAAAUGUUAUACAGAUUAUCGUUAUGCCAUAGUCAAAAGAGAUGUACUAUUAGUAGAAAGUUGUUUAAAAAAUUUUGAAAAAGCAUUUGAAAAAUUCCCUGACUGUCCCGAAUGCUAUACAUUAUAUGCUGAGAUAUUGUCAGAAACGUUGGAUUAUGUGAAAGCAGAUUCGUAUUUUGCUAAAGCAGUUGAAAAAGAUCCGUAUAAUGCCAGUAUAUAUGUGCAUAGAGGAUUACUGCAGUUACAAUGGACUAAUAGCACUGAUAAAGCUAUUGAAUACAUAAACAAAGCAUUGAAACUUGAUGAAAAAUGUAAAUUUGGAUAUGAAACUUUAGCAACGAUAGAAGUACAAAGAGGAAAUUAUAAAGAAGCAAUAGAACUGUUUGAUAAGGCUUUAGCACUAAGUCGCACAUCAAUGGAACUUACACAUCUUUACAGUUUAAGGGAUGGAGCAAAAGCACAGCUUACCAUACAAGACAGAUUCAGAUCAGAUGUUAAAAAUCUACAGAAUAUGUCGUAAAAUCUUUCACGUUUUUAUGUCAAGAAAAUUGAAAUAGGUAUAAUACA